AUGGUCUAUGUCUCGGAUCUCCGCACUAAGCUGAAACCGGUCCAUCUUGAUCUCUCUGCUAUUGUGCGACCUGCUCUAGAGUCAAAGUUCAGAGUAUCUGGUAAUUUUGGGUUGCGCUUACUUCAUUAUGCUGAUGGAAUACUCGCUGUGCACGCCACGCCGAAGUAUAGCUCAGACCACAGUCACAUAAUCGCGAUCCACACAGCGGCAGAUCUUCCGAAUGACCAAAGAGUGAUUGAAUCGAUACAAGUGGCCAGAUGCUCUAAGCUUUUUGUCAGGCACAACGCCCGUUAUCUAUACUACGGCACUCAUACUGGAGUGGGAGACGAUGGCCACUCUAAAUGGGAAAUCGACGGUAUCUCACUUUGUGAGGAUGCUGAGCUAGCGGAACGCGAAAGACCAGUGCUGCUCGACAAGUUCCAUGGAUCUGACAUUGGCUCUACGAUCGCGUUCGAAAUACAUAACGACUACUUCUACGCCGUUUCCAACCAGGGAACCUUUGAAGUCGAAGAGAUCGAUUAUACUUCCUUUUACCACGUGGUCCGGUUUCCACUCAAGUCACCAUUGCCAAAAGAUAUUUCUAAGGAUGAGCGCCUGUAUCGGCGCCAACACAAACAGGGACCGAUCCACGACUCGUGGACCGAUCUUACAUUGCAGCUUGAUGAGCGUACAAAUGAGACAGUAAUCGUGGAAUCACGACGAGAGUGGGCUCAAGCAUCUUCUCGUCAAUCACGCACGUUCUACGUCACUAAAUUGGACUUCAGAGAAGAGGAUGAUAUGGAAGAGUCGUCCGAUGAGCCGCUACUGCCUGAGGAUGACCUCUACGUGCCCCUCAUCGACUCUUCAAACAACGCCCAUUGGAAACCCACACCAGACCUCUAUAGCUGGAGCCAACACCCUGAGUUCUCUCCUACCGAUCCUUCGCCCCGGUCAUUCAUCCUUGCGAGAACAAAGUUUAGGGCGUACAAUUAUGCAUGCACUUCCUUCGUCGAUCUCGUAGAAGACGAGCGUUGCUGCAAUGACCCCUCCCAGCCGCCCUGCCUUAGGCUCAGAAUAGGAUCAAGACGCGAAUCGGGCCUUGACUACUCCGCCACAAGCUGCAAGGGAAAGGCCCCAAUCGACGAGAUGAAGCCCAACUUCCUGGAUACCCAAACACGGUACCGCCAUUCACCUAUCCGCAUGUGGCCCCCUUCAGCAUCGCGCUGCCCCUGCUCAAAACGUCUGCAUAAUAUACUCAACCGACCACUACCAUCUGCAUCUCCAUCACCUACAAGGAGCAUCACCGGUGUGCUCGACGAACAACGCCUGAUCUUCAUGAUCAAGCCGGGUCGGUCAUAUGGUCCCAGCGAUGACAACACAUUGGGCACCAUCGUCGUAGUCGACUUCUCCCGCCCUCUUACAUCUACAGCCCAUGCACCCUCAGCAUCGCAGCCACCGUCGUUGUCACGAUGCGACAGCAAGAUGGACGACGAUGUUGGCGUUCAUGUUGACGAGUUGGCAUGGUAUUGGUCCUCCGAUUCCAAAGGGCGCUGCCGAGGCAGGACGUGUCAGUGA